AUGCCGCCUCAAAUCAAGCACGAUCUCAACCGGUCUGGCUGGGAAAGCACCGACUUCCCUUCUGUGUGCGAACGAUGCCUCCCGGACAACCCAUACGUGCAGAUGCUGAAGGAGGACUAUGGUGCCGAGUGCAAGGUCUGCACGAGGCCGUUUACCGUCUUCAAGUGGAAGGCCGAUCGCACGUCGAGACAGAAGCGCACCAACAUCUGCCUUACCUGCGCGCGCCUGAAGAACUGCUGCCAGUGCUGCAUGCUCGACCUGUCCUUCGGUCUGCCCAUCGUUGUCCGCGACGCAGCGCUUAAGAUGGUCGCUCCCGGCCCCCAGAGCAAUAUCAACCGCGAAUACUAUGCGCAGAACCACGAGAAGGAGAUCGAGGAGGGCAGAGGCGCGAUAGAGGAGUACGAGAAAACGGACGAGAAGGCAAGGGACUUACUACGGCGCCUAGCACAGAGCGAACCGUAUUACAAGAAGCAACGCAGGCUGGAGCUGGAGGCAGACGAGGCGAACAAGGGUGGACAAAAAGCGCUGCCUGCGCCAGAGGGAAGUGAGGGUCAACUCCAACUCGACAAGGCGGGGCCCAUCCGGACGAAGGACACCAGGCCUGGGGCGUCAGGCGUGCGGGGUCCUUUGAGUCGCACCGGUCGUGGGGCACGAGGCUUCCCGAGCGCUGCGCAGCUGGCACCGCGUCCCGAAGAUAUCCUCCCUCCGGCAGACAAGAAGAUCACUUCGCUAUUUGUGACCGGCAUCGAGGACGACCUCCCCGAGCACGAGAUCCGUACUCACUUCACCAAGUUUGGCCAGCUCCGGUCGCUUGUUUGUUCGCAUAGGUCGCACUGCGCAUUUGUGAACUACGUCAACAGAAAUUCGGCGGAGAAGGCCGCUGAAGCAUGCCAGGGAAGAGCUGUUGUCAAGGGUGUGCCACUGCGGGUUCAGUGGGGGAAGCCAAAGCCUCUUGAUACUAUGGAACGGGAAGAGCGCAUGGCCCACGCGAGGUCAGGGAGACAGACGAAGAAUGCUGUUGCAGCGGCGUCAGGUGGUCAGGGGUCAAGCGCCGCUGGUCCGUCUUCUGCUGGCGGAGCUCCGGAGGACCUCGACAGCCUCGCAGCCAUCGCACCGCCGCCGGGCUCGGAGGAGGUAAAUUACGCAAGCUUGGCGGGAAAUUGA